AUGUUCAGAUAUCUCCCACGCAACAUGAAUGGAAUAUUUGCAGUGGACAAGCCUGUGGGCGUGACGUCAUACGAAGUGGUGAAAAACCUCGGCAAACUCUUUGACAAGCUGGACGUUUUCGCCCACGACUUGGCCCAGGCGAAGAAAUUGAAGUAUGAGCAGCUCAAGGCAGGAACCAAAUGGAAAGAGCACAAGAUCCAGAACAGAGUCAACAGAAUCGGCACAAAAUUGGGCCACGGCGGCACUUUGGAUCCAUUGGCGCUGGGAGUGCUUAUUAUUGGCGUUGGAACAGGCACAAAGCAGUUGAACCACUACUUGGACGAGUGCACGAAGACAUAUGAGGCUAAGGCGAUGUUAGGCCAGUCUACUACUACAGGAGACCUGGAAGGAGAGGUUUUGACGAGAACAGAAACUGAGCAUGUGACGUUGGAGAUGUUGAAGCAGGCAGCAAAGAAGUUCACAGGAAAGGGCAAACAAACUCCUCCAUUAUUUUCAGCAUUGAAGGUUGACGGAAUGCCUCUUUAUGAGUAUGCCAGAAAGGGGCUCCCACUCCCGAGAGCGAUCAAAGCUCGAGAUGUGGUGAUACAUGAGUUUGUCAUUCACGACGAGUUUGGCGUCGAUCUGCUGUUUGAGCCGAGGAAGUUGGAAACUGACUCUGAUGGGAAGACGCUAGCAAGCAUGCUAGCGCUGAACCUGACGCUCAAUGACUCUGAGUUGGUGUUCUCGGAAGAGUUCAUGAGCAACGAGGGCGUGCCUGAGUCGGAGAAGGUGACCAAGAUCAAGCCCAGAAUGCUAGCUGAAGACGCUCCUCCGAGGGAUCAAUUGCCUGUUUUUGGCGCCACAGCAACAGUGGGCUCAGGCACGUACAUUCGAAGUUUACUCAGCGAUUUGGGCAGGGCUGUGGAGUCGUCUGCUCAUAUGGUUGCGUUGAAGAGAACGAAGCAGGCAGAUUGGGAGGUUGGCGUGAACACAUUCAAAUUGAGUGAUUUCAUGGAGAGAGACGAGAGAAUCUGGGGACCGGUUUUGAAGAUUGUGUUGGAGAACGGACCGAAAGUGAAUGUCGAAGAGGAGUUUAAGAAGGUGGAGGAGAAGUUUGGCCCCUUGAUCGAGGCCGAGCGAAAGGCCAAGGAGGAGGCACAGGUAAGGGAAGCUAAUGACCAAGUCACUGAAGAUACAGAAAAGGAAGGUAAACCUGAAGAUGGCGAGGCGUCGGAGGAGAGCGUUGAAGAGCACACGCUGAAGAAGCAGAGAGUCGACUGA